GCUGAGCGAACGAGUGUUUGUGCAGUGGCGUGAAAGGGAUACACACUACGGUGCCGUAGAAAUGGCACAAAAAGUGAGCCGAAAAAUAUGAAAUUAAAAUGAUAAUACAACGCCCAGCACUACUAAUAAUACACACGCAUACAGAGACCAACGCGAGGAAUGCUGACAGUGGCAGUGGAGACAUUGCCAGUGAUUGUCGAUCUCCAAGGAUGUUACAGUGCGAGUGAAGUGGAUGCGAGUGGUAAAGUGUUGUAGUGUGUUGAUUCCCUGCCCACCAUCAGGAGCCACGUAUAUAUGUGUAUGUGUGUGAGUGUCUGAAUGUGUGAAGUUGAAAAAGUGUGUUAUUUUUUGUUGCGUUCCUCGACUCUUCUCAGAAAGUGAAGCGCAAAGUGUACUGAAGGCACAGAACGGGUGAAACAUACGGCUUCGUUUGUUCUUCAUUCGCUGUCUUCAGUGCUGACUGGUGCCGUUACGCAACCAGACAGCUUCCAGAACAUAGGGGGACAGAAAUCCCAAAGCACAUAAUCAUGUUUUUUAAUCUUCACACGUCCUUGCCGCCGUUACAAGGAUAUUAACGAAAAACGCUUCGUCGUGCGGUAUUGAUGCCGGGGCACAGAUGCACGAUCUUCUUAUUUCUUCGCACCAGCUAACCAGUGUCAUGCCGAUAUGAGAACGGCCAAAUUGAUGAGGAUUGGGAUUUGCACAUCGCCGGUGAGCGAGUAGUCAAGCCCAGAAGCACAGCUACAGUUUACAGGCAGCGAAAACAACAAACAAAGCAACGCCAAAAUAACAGAAACACUUCUCCUAUGGCUUCAUGUGCGGGGAUGAGCCCGACCGGCUUAACGUAAAGAAAAAAAAGGGUUUUGUUGCGCAACAACAAAGCGAACCGAACCGAAGCUUCAAGCUUUCGUUUCACACACACACAACAUCGCCGCUGUUUUCCGUUGCCCACCCAGCUGGGCGGUACUCGCACGUCAUAAAAAUUCUAAAUUAUGAUAAACGCUGUUUAUCCAUUGAGGAUAUCGACCAACUUGAAUUGCCUGUUUAGGACGUGGAUUAUUGUGCUGUACUUUUUGCAGGGCUGUCCUCAGCUUAAUACGGGAAUGGCGUCAUUGAUCGACCGCAGCGAUAUGAUACUUAGGACAGCAUUUUUCCUGCUCUCACCCCACACGCCGGACAAGAGUACAGCCGGUAGCAACACGAACGCGCUCGACAAACAACAAACCCAUGGACACCGGGGCGGCAGCCACACACCAGGCAAGGGUGACGGAGAAAGUGGUGAAUCCGGUCCCGGACUAUCGAACUACUUUGAGCAGGGCAGCGACAGCGAGGAACUGCUCAAGUACUACAAAAUGCCGAUGCAGUUCGGGACCGAGAACUACACGCUGGUGACGUCGCAGAUAGGCAGCACGGCACACGUCCCCUGCAGGAUCCAUCACAUCGGCGAGGGUGUGGUGUCUUGGAUCCGGCGAAAGGACUAUCAUCUACUCACCGUUGGCUUGACGACGUACAGCAGCGAUGAAAGAUUUAGUGCUACCCACCUGCAAAAUUCAGAGGACUGGACGCUGCAGAUAAAGUUCGUGCAGGAUCGUGACGCCGGCUUGUACGAAUGUCAGGUGUCGACACACCCACCUACGUCAAUAUUUUUAGAGCUGAAAGUGGUCGAGGCCCGGGCAGAAAUAGUUGGACCACAAGUGAAGUAUCUGACACCUGAUUCUACGCUGAAACUGAUAUGCCGGGUGGUGCAGAGCACGGAAGCCUCGGCAUUCAUUUUCUGGUACCACAACAACCGCAUGAUCAACUAUGACCUCGACCGGGGCAUCAACGUUUCCACCGAAGCCGAUUUCCACUACUCGGAGCUUACGAUAAGUCAGGCCAGCAAGGAGCACUCGGGAAAUUACACCUGCGUUCCAAGCAAUUCGCAGCCAGCGAGCGUGGUUGUACAUAUAUUCAAAGGUGAUAAUCCGGCGGCUAUGUAUCACGAGCAUCGCAGCUCAUCAACGAUACCGUACCGGGACCGUUUGGAAAUGUUGCGGUUAGUCGGGUUCCUCCUAAUGGUGUUGCUGUACGUACGCCACUGGCACCAGACCGGGCUUGCCACCGAGGAGAAGGAGGAAGAGAGCACGUCCCACCCGGUGGCACGGUGUGGACGGGCAGGAAAGUACCGUCUCCGCCCGUCAGUGCAUUGCGUUUCUACGUGUCGCGUAUCAGAAGACUUGACGCAUCAGCAGCAACAGCACGUGCAGCUUUACACCGACACCGACACCAACAACCACCAGCAGCAGCAGCAGCAGCCAGCAGCGUUGCAGCAUCACGCGGGAUGUCAUUUGAUCUCAUGUUUCUGAAUCGCUGGGGGUUUUUGAUGCAGAACGAGUUCGUUGCAACAGGGGAAAGGGGAACGCUUCGUCCGUGGUUUGGUGAUUACGAUUGCAUCAAAGUUAAAGCUGUGUGCAACGGCGUCUGCAUGGUUCUUGGCAGUAACGUUAUUCUUUAGAUUUUGUUACGAUAUUCUUGUACUGAUACGAUAUAAUUGAUACUUUUACCUUAACAUUGCUUUAAAAUAUUUGAAAGUUGUUUUAAUUUCAUUGUUUUUGUUUUAACUUAUUACAUCCGUGUUUAUAUAUUUUGCACAUUACUAUUCGGUACUUAUUGAUGCACUAUUUUUUCUUAUAUUUAAUCCUAAUAAUGCUUUCUAGCUAUCGUGUGUGGAAAGUUGUUUUUUUAUUACUAGAAAAAUAAUAUUAUAGGAUAAAACAAUGGUGUUACAUGUCACGUUUAAUAAAACGAUAUUUUUGAAUAAGUCUUCGAAACCAGCUAUGCAUUUUUUU